UCCUUGUGAAGAAGGGAAGAGCAAAGCUUGAAAUCGAGAGCGGAGAUCUCUCAACAAGCACCCGCCUUUCUUGACUCCCCUCUUUAAAUUUCUGCCCCCACCCUUUUUACUACUAAAAUUUGAAACCCUAACCCUAAAAUUACCUUCUUGUUUUUUUCUUCUUAAACUUGAGUAAGCAAUGGCGAUCGCUUCUCAGGACGCGAUCAAGCAGCUGAGGGCGCUGAUGGAAGAAGUGGAUGAGCCGCUGAAGAGGACGUUUGAGAAUGUCCAUCAGGGGUAUCCAAAUGAAGCUUUAGUGCGAUUCCUUAAGGCGAGGGAGUGGAAUGUUUCAAAAGCCCAUAAAAUGUUGAUAGAUUGCUUAAAUUGGAGGUUGGAAAAUGAGAUUGACAAUAUACUGACAAAACCAAUUAUUCCAACUGAUUUCUACAGAGGUUUGCGGGACUCACAGCUCAUAGGACUGUCGGGAUACUCAAAGGAGGGUCUUCCUGUAUUCGCAAUUGGUGUUGGACUUAGCACAUUUGACAAAGCAUCUGUACACUACUAUGUCCAAUCACAUAUUCAAAUUAAUGAGUACAGAGAUCGUGUAGUAUUGCCUGCAGCGACACAGAAGCAUGAGCGGCAUAUUGGAACAUGCAUUAAAAUUUUGGACAUGACUGGUUUAAAGCUUUCUGCUUUGAGCCAGAUAAAGCUAUUGACUAUGAUAUCUACCGUUGAUGACCUGAACUAUCCAGAGAAGACGGAAACUUAUUACAUUGUUAAUGCUCCAUAUAUAUUUUCAGCUUGUUGGAAGGUUGUUAAACCUCUUUUGCAAGAAAGAACAAGAAAGAAAGUUCAAGUGCUCCAAGGCGGUGGCAGAGACGAGUUGUUGAGGAUAAUGGAUUACUCUGCCCUCCCCCACUUCUGUAAACGCUCAGGCUCUGGCUCAUCUCGCUACUCAUCAUCUCCUGACGUCCAUGACUGCUUCUCUUUAGACCACCCAUUCCACCAACAACUGUACAACUACAUCAAGCGUCAAUCCUCAAACAAUGGCUUCAUGGUUCCAGUCAAACAAGGGUCGUUUCACGUCAGCGUACCAGAGCCUGAUCCAGAGGGAACUGUAAUUGUUGAGACCAUCGAAUCUGAGCUCCACAAGAUCGGCGAUCAAAAUGGGCUUAGUCAUACGAUGAAUGGACUCAAAAUUGGCGGCAUGAAGCAGGUGCAACAUCUUGAUGCAGGCUUUGUAGGGAGGAAAAUGUACAAGGAAAACUAAUCACUGUAUUAUUAUGUAUAAUUCUGAGGAGGUACUUUUGGGCUGGAGAGGAAGUGGAGAAGAAACUACAUGUAGUCUUAUAUACAUUGCGAAGUAGCAUCUAAUUAUGAAAAAUGUAUUAUUUAGGUUUAUAUUUCCCCUCAUACUAUAUUUGUAAUUUGUACCCUAGUUUUAAGGUGUAAUGAAAUAAAACGGUCGUAUAGCAUGGAUCUGAGUUUUGAAGCUUA